GAGCGGUGGGACUGGUUUUGCUGGAUUUUGUGCCCCCUCGGCCUGAUACCACGCGAGCUCCUAAGGGCGAAAGUACAAGGCGAGUGGAGCACUCCAGCUUGUCCGCCGUCCAAAGGACGGCGAGCCACAAGUCCCCCCGGUCUUUUCGCUUUCCAGUUGGGCCGCGUAAGAAGUUAAGGGUUUGGCUCCCCACCUCCUUCGGCUGCUUGUAAGCACGUGGCCCGGCCCCUCGGAGGUGGACGGCGUGCGGUGGAGCCGAAGGCGCUGGCCCAGGUGCCCCCGUCUGCUACGGAAGGAAGAAACCGGGGAGCCCCCGAGGAGGUGGCCAAAGCGGGGUGAGUUACGGAGGCGUGGAGCAGGAGAAGGGAGACGGAAGCGGCCCUGGCGUCUCUUUUUUUUCUCUUCCCGGAACCGAAAUGCUCCCUUCCUCCUCGUCGGAGAAAGCCCAGUGAGCAGCCUUUCUUUCGAUCACCCACAUUUCCCGCGGCCUGGAGCACACGUUCUCGGGAGGAAAGGCUGCACGCGUUUGUACCUCGGGGGAUCCACUCCGCACUGUGGGAGGAGCGAGGGGCGAGCGCCGCUGAAACAACGUGUAAUGGGGAGAGAUCCGGCACAUCCUGGCGCUGCUGGCGAGGCCAUCGUCACCUAAGAGCGAUGGUGGCGGCUUCAUCAAGGACGACAUCAAGAGCACCAACUCCGGUCACAGGGACCCGGCAGCGUAGCAGGAGGAACGGGCCCCGGCCAUUGUCUGCCAAGAUAUGAGACAUGAUUGUUGGACGCAGAAGAUUAAAGUUGCUGGGAAUUCUAAUGAUGGUAAACUUCUUUAUAUAUGUCAUUGUGGAAGUCUCAAAGAAUAGUGGCCAAGAGAAAAAUUCAAAAAGACAAGUUAUACUUCCAAGGAGCAGAUUUUGGAGAAAGUAUACUCCUCACAAGGCAUACUGGAAUAAACAGCAGCAGAAGUUAGAACGCUUAUACAAUCCUAUUUUUGCAUUACUUUUCAAUAUGACUGUGGAAGAAAGGUUAGCUUCCAAUAAUAGCUUUGUGAACUCCUGUGAUCCUGAUCCAUUUAUAUCUUCAUAUCUUAAAGACUUUGAAAAGUUACCAGAUAGGUUUAAAGACUUUUUUCAUUAUUUAAGAUGUAGAAAUUAUUCAUUAUUAGUAGAUCAACCACACAAGUGCAAACACAAACCUUUUUUGCUUCUGGCUAUUAAAUCACUCAUACCACAUUUUGACAGAAGGCAGGCGAUCCGGGAAUCCUGGGGAAGAGAAAUUAAAUUGGGAGACAUAACUAUUGUGAGAGUUUUCCUAUUAGGUCAAACUCCUCCUGAAGAUAACUUUCCCAAUCUCUCAGAGAUGUUGAAAUUUGAGAGUGAAACCCACCAAGACAUACUUCUGUGGAACUACAGAGAUACGUUCUUCAAUCUGACUCUGAAAGAGGUACUGUUCCUAAAAUGGGUCAGUAAUACUUGCCCGGAUGCCCAGUUUAUUUUCAAAGGAGAUGAUGAUGUUUUUGUGAAUACCCAUCAGAUCCUGGAUUACUUGAAGAGUUUAACUAAAGAAAAAGCCAAAGACUUGUUCAUAGGUGAUGUUAUCCAUGAUGCUGGACCUCAUCGUGAUAAGAAUCUGAAAUACUAUAUCCCAGAAAGUGUUUAUGAAGGCUCUUAUCCUCCAUAUGCAGGAGGUGGCGGAUUUCUUUAUUCUGGUGAUCUGGCAUUGAGAUUAACUAACAUAUCUGACCAAGUCCUCCUUUAUCCAAUUGAUGAUGUGUAUAUUGGAAUGUGCCUUCAGAAACUUGGGCUUGCUCCAGAAAAGCACAAAGGCUUCAAAACGUUUGACAUCGAAGAGAAGCAGAGGAACAAUAUUUGCUCCUAUACAAACCUAAUGUUAGUCCACAGCCGGAACCCUCAAGAAAUGAUUAAAAUCUGGACAAACUUGCAAGAUCCACAUUUAAGUUGUUAAAUGGGUGUGUGUCCAAAAAUUCUUUCCAAAUUCCAGUUUAAGUUUUUUGGCUAAAUGGUAAGUAUAUUGUCUUCAUUUGGUGGCUUGUUUUGUAAACCAAAAUUAGCUAUUAACAGAUUGUCUAGUACUUCUGAAAGUGAGACUACAACCAUAAGAAUGCACAUCAGAAGAUAUGGCAUGAAAAUAUCCUUAUUAUACCACUGGCCUAAAAUAUUGAAGUUGUGAUUAGAGUAACCUUUGAUUAUAAGACUGAUUAGUUCAGUUAUAUUCAAUAAAUUGUUCUUGUUCUGACACUGUAAUUUAAUUAUGGUAAUUUUAAUUAGAUUCCAUCACCUUUCCUGGAAUGAGAAAUUGUAGAGGCUGUGCUGUUAACUCAGACUCUUAUUUUCCCAACUUAACUUUCAUAAGUAAGUUAAAUAAUACAAUUGAAGAGGUAUUUUUGCAACUUAGUUUCCUACCUUCAACUCCAAUCCCUUUAUCCCUCCGCUAAAUAAUAUUUCAGUUAAAGAUGAUAGAAGCAUCACUAAUAUGGGGCAGUUCAUUUAAAGGUCAAAUGAGAAGUUACAUAACUUAGUUUAAAUUGCAAUUUGAGAGGCUAAAUAUUUUUUUGUUUCAAACUCAGUUAAUGGACAACUUUUAUUUUAAUUGUCAUCAAAACUACAACAUUGUAUAAUUUGAUUUAGAUUUGAUUUUGCUUAGUUGCUAUUUUUAAUAUUAAUAGUAGGCCACUUGACUGAAGAAAUUUCAUACAUUAAAUGGUUCAGGAAGAUUGGGUUUCUAUAGAUUUGGUUUACAAUUUCAUGAAAAUGAUGGUGAUUGAGAUCCCAAUU